CGUCACGCACUCAGCUGUGCGGUAAACAGCGGCGGCGAGCGGCUGCGGACUGAUGCCGGACAGCAUCAGCAGGCGACAUGCCCGUUGCUGCUCAUCUUCCGCUCCUCUAUAAACCCUCUACCGACACCAUCAUCACCCCCACGACCCUGCGGCACUGAUGAAGCCUCCCUUGUCCGACCCACACGGGGCCAAGCGGCGGAUAGAGGAGAGGCAGGAUGUACUGGCGCAUCGGGUUCGCAUGGAGCCGCUCCUGCGUGCUUGAUCUGGGCCGGUACAAGAGCUUCUGCCUCGGCUUGUGCUGUUCCGAGGAGCAUCUCUCUUUGUAUGGGUACAUCAUCGCCUACCCGCUGCAAGAGUACGGAGGGAUCAUGUCUGCUUUAGCAUCCGACGCCUGGUGGAGGAAAACGCUCUACAUUACCGGGGGCGCGCUGCUCGCCGCCGCUGCCUAUCUACUACACGAGCUGCUCGUCAUCAGAAAGGAACAGGAGUUGGACUCUGAAGACACCAUCAUUCUGCAUCAGUUUGCCCGGCCCAAAACUGGAGUCCCUAGCCUGUCCCCCUUCUGCUUGAAGAUAGAAACCUACCUGCGGAUGGCAGACCUGCCCUACCAUAACUAUUUUGAUGGGAAGUUGUCUCCUCAAGGGAAGAUGCCUUGGAUUGCGUAUAAUCAGGAGCAGGUGUGUGGGACAGAGUUUAUCAUCGACUUCCUGGAAGAGAAGCUCGGUGUGAACCUCAACUCCAGCCUGAGUCCUCAGGAGAAAGCCAUCUCACGUGCCAUCACGAAAAUGGUGGAGGAACAUUUUUACUGGAUGAUAGCGUACUGUCAGUGGGUUGACAACGUGGAGGAGACGCAGAAGAUGUUAGCCACAAACGGGCCACUGAGUGAUGUGCUGAGGUGGAUCCUGAGUCAGGUGACCGGCAGCAUCGUAAAAAGAGAGAUGUAUGGGCACGGGAUCGGACGCUUCUCUAAAGAGGAAGUUUACAACCUGAUGAAGAAAGACAUGCGCACCCUUGCCACACUCCUCGGCAAUAAAAAGUACCUAAUGGGCCCCACGAUUUCUACAGUAGAUGCCGCUGUUUUUGGUCAUCUCGCUCAGGCCAUGUGGACUCUCCCUGGAACACGUCCAGAACAGCUAAUCAAAGGUGAAUUCAUCAACCUGGCCAUGUACUGUGAGCGAAUCCGCCGGAGAUUCUGGCCAGAGUGGUUUGUGGAUGUCGAUGAUCUUUACUACGAUGGACUGAGCGAGGAGCCGGAUUCUCCUUCCCAGCUUCCAGAUUUGGGUCUGUACUCAAACAGUGACAUCUUUCAGGAACAAGAAAGCACUCUGUCACACAACGACACACAGACUCCAGACAGCGACAUCACCGGCCGCUCCCUGUUUGAUUCUGAUAUGGACACCGAAUGCUCGGAAAUGGAGCAGCUGAAGUGCUAACCUCACUCCCCUUUAUGAUGCAACUGCACGGGCCCCGCCCUUUUGUUCUCCCUCUAGCCCCUUAGAAGUGGAAGGGGUGGUCAAUUGUAGAUGUUUCCGUGGUGAACAGGGCAGCGUUUUCCACAGACUCUGAGCGAGAGAUGGCAAUAAAGCAGACUGUGAAGUUAUUAUGAAAAAUGUUUGGUUAAUGUAAGAGAUGUUUCAUAAAAUCAAUCACAAGAAAAUGAAAGAUGGUAACCAGGCCAGAGAGAAUCUCGAUUAAUAGGAAGCACAGAAAACUAAAAAAUAAAGAGGGAUAUAAGAAAGAGAGAAUAUAAAGGAGGGAAUGACGCUUCGGCUGAAUCACUCCUUCCAAAGUGUGACAUCAUCACAUGCUCAAAAUCAGCUGAAUGACAUCACCACGCACCAUGUGUCCUCUUUCCAUUCACCAUGUGUGUUUGUAACUAAACAAUGAGUGUUUACAUGCACAAUCGGUAUAGGUAGAUUUUUGGCCAUUACCCCAAGCAGGUAUAGCUUCAGUCCAGAGACUUCUAAAUGGGUGUGUAAUCUGCAAAAGAGGGUGGGGAUACUCCAAAAGGGGGCAGAGGUACCUCGAAAGGGGGCAUCACUUCCACUCACGGUUAAAGAUGAUGUUGUAAUGAUAGCCAGCUGGUAAGGUAUCUGUGCAGUGUGUAAACCGCACUCCCCAGGCCUCAAGACGCGUGCUAGCGACUGAUGCUGGGGGAUGUAGCCUUUAGCCUCCUCCUUAGCGCACCCGCCUCCCAUGCCAGAAACCCGGUUCAAAUCCCGCUUGGAGCAGGUUGAGCAGGACCGGUGGUGCCAUGACCCGGAUGGGAGUGAGGCUUGGGGGGGGGGGGGGUGUAUUGUAGCCAGCUGGUUAGGUAACUGUGCAGUGUGUAAACCUCACUUUCCUGACCUCAAGAGGCGCGCUAGGGGCUGUAGCCUUUAGCCUCCUCGUUAGCUCACCCGCCUCCCAUGCCGGAGACUCCGGUUCAAAUCCCACUCGAAGUGUCGUGAUAUAUAAGUGUCAUGAGAUAUCUCACCGAUCUCUGUGACAGCUCUAGACUUUGUAAACAGCAAACAAAAAUGUGUCCGUGGGCUGCGGUCUCUGACGCUUUCAACCUGUCAAUCAUUUUGCGCGUUCUUAUAAUGUUGUCGUUGCAGUGAAUUAUUAAUUAUUAAUAUGGCUUAAUGCCAUAUUCUGAUUUAUAAUUUGUCAGUUGAGGAUGCUAUUUCUAUUUGCUAUUUGUUAGUUAAAGGGUUGGGUAAGGGACUUCCUGUAUCUUUAAUGUCGGUUUGGAGCUCCAGCUCCUUAUUGGAGCACUGCCUGCAACUAUAUACUUCCCCAUUACCCCGAUCUCACAUUGCAUGUAUUUUAAACACCUUUACCGGUGUUCUUACCGGCUUAUCCAGUGUACGCAAGUUUUGUGCACAUGACUGUUUACGUUUUGACGUCAAUAGCAGAGAGUAGCCUGAUGAUUUCAAAUUUCUUUAAACAUGGUCUUUUAUUGUUCUGAGGUCCUAAUCUAACAAACAUACACAAUUUGAAAAAUUGCAAUUGUGCAAUUUAGAUUUUGAAUCUGAUUUUAAUGUAUUACAUUACAGAAAUCUUUAUGUGUUUGUGCUCUUGUUAUAUAUGCAAAUAUUGUAUACUAAAAAACAUCAAUUGUGUUUGUCAAACAGCAAACACUUGAAAUAGAUUUCUAUGAGUGUUUUGUGCAAGAGCGCCCCCUUCUAAAUAGUUUUAUUCAACAAAAUAGAUUAUGACAGUGAACACUAGACUAGAAUAGAUCAGAAUACCUUUAGUGAAAUUAAACCUGCUUACAAAACUGCAGCAAUUACAGAGAGGAGGGGUAUAACACAAUACAGUGGGAGAGAGAUUGCUUUUGUGUGUGUGUUUGUGUGUGUGUGUGUGUGUGUGUGUGUGUGUUUGUGUGUGUGUGUCCAUCUGCUGCAUGAGUGAGUCACUGAGUCAUCGUCACACAUGAAUACACUGGUAGGAAUGGUCUUGCAGGAAGUGAUCUGAUCUCCCACGGGUUCAUACACAACGAAUGAGAUUGAAUCAGUAUCUUGCUGUGCCAUGCACACAUCCUUCAUGUCUUGAACAAUACAUUUUUAAUGUUUUGAACAUAAUCAUGCAUUAAGAUAACACGAUGGUGUCUAUAGGAAUAUUUUGUAAGAAAUAAAGAUAUUGUCUUUUAUUUUCAUGACCUCCAAACGCUUCUGUGCUUAUCUGGUGUUCGUUCUAUAAUAAGAAAAUUCUGGAAAAAUUGUUAGGAAACAUUUGUAUACACAUUCUGAAGUAACACGUCAGAUUUAUUGACUGAUCUUGUGUAGGCCAUUUCUCAACUGAGGUGCUUGGCUUGCUGUGGCUUGAAUUUCUGCAUGCCAUUAACUGAUAAACUGUGCCAAACAAGUGUCACCGUAGAAACGUAGACUUUAAAAAGUCAUAAAAAUAGGCAGCCAAUCUGAGUAAAACGUCUUCUUCAGACAAUACGCACUUUCACACUUUAUACAUUGUCAAUUGUUUGUGUUUUUUGAAUGGUUUUGGAUUGUGUCUUAUGCUAAAAUUUAUUUUUAUAUGUACUUUAUAUGUAUAUGUACUAUGUUUUUAGUUUUUGUUUAAUUUUAUGUACAAUUUGUUGUUUUUGAUUAUCCUAUAUAUCUCUUGAAAGCAUCACAAAGGAUUUACCUUUUAUGAGUUUUAUAUUUUUUCAUUAAUAUUUAUACUUGUGUUUUAUUCAUACUUAUAGUUACAGAGAGGAAUUGCUCUGAUAACUGUAUGUUUGAAUACAAACAUGUUGUUUGUUUGUGAAUUUAUAAUGCAAAUCGGAGCAGAAUUCUCCUGCAACAUAUCUGUGGAAAACAUUAUACCUGAAACAUUAGAAGAAAAUGAAUUUUGAAGAAUCAAAAACACAAACAUUAUAAGCAAAUACAUUACUAAUGGUUCCUUCUUGAAUUUCCCACUUUAGCUUUUAGCCAGACAAGUCUGUCUGCUUUAACAUUAAUGUAUGACAAUCCUGCUUAUUCCUCAUAUGCCAAAUGUAAUGGAGCUAUGGCAACCAGAAGAUGGAAUUAUGGCAAAGUCAAAGUGAAAUAAUGAUGGAGAGCAAAAGGUUCAAGUUAUAAUGUCAAUCUCUCAUGUGUUUUCUCACAGAUAUGUGUGUGCUGAUUGUAGAGCCAUAAUGCAGAAUCAAUGUUGUGUGUUUCAUGACCCUGGUGGACUUAUGGAUUUAUUAUGGGCUGUAUUGGGGAGGGAAGGGUUGUGUACAAGAUCACUGUAACAUAAGGAACCGAAAUCAUCUGGCAAUUGUAUUCAAGGUACUCAAAAUAUUUAAUGAAAUAUAGCUGUAAUAAUUUAA